GGAAAUUGUUGAAACAGCAUAAAAUUCUGAAAUGUGUGUGCUAAAUAGCUAAAGCUCAAGUUAUUUUGUUUUAUUAUGUGUUUAUGAUGUCACUGAAAUAGCGAAAUGCAAACAAUACAUGCAAAAGUUACGAGUUUACGACCAUUGAUUGUGUGAGGAUGCCAAUCAAAAUAUCAGCUGAUAACAGUGUUGCGUUAAAUGUUAUCAAGUGAAGUGGUGUAAAUAGAACAAGUAAAUAACUUAAAAAUGUUCAAAUUACUGGUUUUAAUAUUAUGCUUAGGUUUUAAUUAUAGUUUAAUUGAAAGUGAAAAAAAUAUUCCGAUCGUAAUAACGACAUGGUCGUUUACAAAUGCUUCACAAAAAGCAUGGGAAGUCCUAAAGGAUGAAGGCAAAGCUUUAGAUGCUGUAGAACAAGGCGGUAUAGUAUGUGAAAACGAGCAAUGUGAUCGGACAGUAGGUUAUGGAGGAAGUCCUGAUGAAGAUGGAGAGACAACACUAGAUGCCUUUAUCAUGGAUGGGAGUACAAUGAAUGUUGGUGCGGUAGCAGCACUCCGUAGGAUAAAAAGUGCAAUAUCAGUUGCCCGACAUGUAAUGGAGUACACAACACAUUCAUUCCUGGCUGGAGAACUGGCUACGAAGUUUGCUGUUGAAAUGGGCUUCAAGGAGGAGUCUCUUUCAACCGCUGAAUCCACGGAAUUAUGGUCAAAAUGGCGUUUUGAAAAACAAUGCCAACCUAAUUUUCGGAAGAAUGUGAAACCAGAUCCACGAAAACAUUGUGGGCCUUAUCAUAAAAAGAGGAAUUUUGUUGAUUACAUACAUCCAGAAGUGUUUGUAGUUGAUCAAUACAAUCAUGACACCAUUGGAAUGGUUGCUGUGGACAGCAAAGGGGAUGUAGCAGCUGGUACCUCCACUAAUGGCGCUAAGUUCAAAAUACCUGGAAGAGUAGGCGACUCUCCCAUUCCCGGUGCAGGGGCUUACGCUGACAAUACGGUAGGAGGAGCAGCGGCUACUGGUGACGGCGACACCAUGAUGAGAUUUUUACCUAGUUUCUUAGCGGUAGAGGAAAUGCGUCGAGGAGCGUCACCGGCGAAUGCCGCGAAAACUGCAAUCAAAAGAAUCUCAGCACAUCAUCCUGAUUUCAUGGGUGCUGUAAUAGCUUUAUCCAAGAAUGGUCAAUACGGGGCCGCGUGUAACGGUAUCGAAACGUUCCCAUUCGUCGUACAAGAUAAAACACGAAAAACAUUCGAAGUCGUUACUAUUAAAUGUUGAUUUUGUAUAUUUCGUAUUAUAAUACCUAAAAAUCUGUAAAAUAAAUCCAAUUUUGAAUUAA